GCGGCGGCGGGCGCGGGCCUGGCUGGUUCCGAAGCCGACGCCGUCUCUCCUGCCGCGGGCGCGGCAUGCCGGCCGCCUGAGGCCGCGCCGGGCCGGGCCGAGCCGGGCCGGGCCGUGCCGGCUCGCCGCGGAGGCGCAGGGCCCGGCGGGGGAUGGUGAGGGCCCGGCGCGGGCAGCCUGCCGCCAGACUCCGCCCCCUGCCCGCCGCAGCCUCGGCCCCGCAGCCCGGCCCCGCGGGCAGAGCUGCCGCCCGGCCCCGCCGCUCCGCCAUCGCGGGGACGCCCCGCCGGGGUGUGGAAAAAUGGCAAAGAGAAUUGCAGAGAAGGAAUUGACUGACAGAAAUUGGGAUCAGGAGGAUGAAGCUGAGGAGGUGGGAACUUUCUCAGUAGCAAGUGAAGAAGUCCUGAAGAACAGAGCUAUUAAAAAAGCAAAGCGCCGAAAUGUUGGAUCAGAGUCUGAAAGUGGAGGUGCUUUUAAAGGUUUUAAAGGCUUUAUAUUGCCUUCUGGAAAAGGAGGAGGUGGCUUCAGUGGAUUUGGUAAUGGUGCAGGAGUAAAGCCUUUAGAAGGGCUGUCUAAUGGGAGCAGUAGUGUCUCUAGCACCCCUUCUUUCAGCAGUUUGAAGACCACCUCUGAAACACAAUCAGCAUUUGGAUCCACAAUGUCCAAUGGUCCUGCUACUACUGCAUUUACUGAGAAAAAGGCUGCAAGCCCAAAUGCCAAUGGUGGCAGUCAACCUUCAUCUAGCUAUGCUCAGAGUAAAGUUUGUAGCUCUGGUGUUUACCACAAACAGUUAGCAGCUUUAAACUGUUCUGUGCGUGACUGGAUAGUUAAGCAUGUCAACACAAACCCACUAUGUGACCUGACACCCAUCUUUAGAGACUACGAGAAGUACUUAGCAAACAUUGAACAGCAGCAUGGAGGUGGCAGUGAUAGUGGCUCUGAAAAUGAAAGCAACAAGACACCUGGAUCUCAGGCUGUUUCUGCAUUUGGGAAUUCCAAGCUGCAGCAAGGAUCAACAUUUUUGUUUAACAACAAAACUGAGGAUGCCUCGGACAAAAAACCUGAAGCUGCAUCAGAGAAAAAAGACCCAUCCUUAGGAGCUACAUCAACUGCCUCAUUUAAUUUUGGCAAGAGUGUUGACAGUUCUGUUUUGGGUUCCCUUGGUUCAGGAACUCUUAGUAGCUUCUCAUUUUCUCCUGGAAAUUCAGGUUUGUUUGGAAAAGAUGCAAACCAGGCUAAGCCUGUCACUGCAGUAUCCACCAAUGUACUGGAGGCUCAGACAGAAAGUGACGACAAAGGAGGAGAAGAGGAGGAAGAAGAGCCACCAAAAGUCAUUGUUAAUGAAAUAAAAGAAGAUGAUGCUUUCUACUCAAAGAAGUGCAAACUGUUCUACAAAAAGGAUAAUGAAUUUAAAGAAAAAGGUGUAGGAACAUUACACUUAAAACCAGCAGGAAAUGAAAAAACUCAACUCCUAGUCCGAGCAGAUACCAAUUUAGGAAACAUACUGUUGAAUGUUCUAAUUCCACCCAAGAUGCCAUGUACAAGAACCGGAAAAAACAAUGUUCUUAUAGUUUGUGUUCCUAAUCCACCAAUUGAUGAGAAGAAUCCAGCUGUUCCUGUCACUAUGUUAAUAAGGGUGAAAACAAGUGAGGAUGCAGAUGAGUUGCACAAAAUCUUACUGGAGAAAAAAGAGGUUUAAAUAAGUUGCAGUCAAUGAUUUGAAGAAUUAUUGCCAAAUUGCUGCUGCUCUAUUUUCUUUCAUAACUUCACUUGAACAUUUAAACUCUUUACUCUGAUACUGAGAACUGUUACAGGAAUUCUGGAACAAUUCUGUGAGGAAAAGCUAGCUAAUAAAAACUUUACUAGAACGUGUGUUGGACUGUGCUCCCUCAUUUUUCAGUAUCUAAAUGCAGAACCUCUUCUGGAUAACUCGCACUGAUUUAAAGCAUGUAUUUUUAACACCAAUCAAUUUGACUGAAUGGACUGAAAUCAGAGUACAAAAAUAAUGGUACCAGAGCUUCCUCGCAGCCUGAUGCAAUGCAAGAAUCUCCUGUUUUGAGAAGGGAGGAUGUGGAAGUUUACUGUUGAAACUGUUUCUAGACUCCAGAUUUUUAAUUGGUCUGUCAGAUUUUGGUGGGACUAAUUUUUCAAACUGUCAGUGACAACUGUGUACCCCAGCAACAAUGAUAUUCUAUAUUGUACUGUGUUGUAAUUAUUACAGACUUGUGCUUUUGGAACUCGGAGACCGCAUCUCCAGAUAUUUAAAAAAUCUUGCUUGUGUAGUCAACAUUAGUGUUUCUUGGAGAAGAACUGUCCGUUCUGUUCUUACUAUAGCAACAAGCUAAUGAUGUGCAAUAGUACAAGCAGACAACUGGAAGACUGUUUUGACCACAACCACAGCUGGCAUUCCCUGACUUCUGACAAGUUGGAGGCAAAGGCUUGCACUUCCAUUAUGGUCCCUGCGAGGUAUUUUUCCCUAGUCCUUUGGGCUAAAACUGAAACCCAGCAGAGGCAGAGUUGUAAAUGUUGUACUUGUCUUGCUGCUAGUACUUUUCUGAAGAUAGCUCUUUUCACAAAAAAAUUCAGGAUUUUUAUAGAUCUUUGUAUUGCCUCUGGCCAUUACCAAGAAUACAUGCAUAAAUGUGUGUGUCAGUAAUUAUUUUUCCUGUGUGCUAAAACUACAGUGCUUUUACCGCAUUACAUGAAAUAAUGCAGGACAAGCUUUCUGUUGCAAAAGUAGGGAGCACUGGAUUAAUCCUUAAUUUAGUUUUCAGCUGUAUUAAAAUUAACCACAUUGCAAUAAUUUGUGGAUCAGAAAAUCAUUAUGUUCUCAGUUUCCAUCUCAAUGUUAUCAGACCUUGUUUGGUUAUUUAACUAUUUUAUUUUUCAAAUCUUGUUUGCUGGAAACUCCUUCCAUGAUCAUUGUUUUUCUGCUUCACUUCCAGCUCUGGAAACUGUCCCAAGAGCUAGAUGUUACUAGGAAACUUGAACUGCUGACCAGCUUUGGAGAGAUGGAAGGAACAUGCCAACCUGCCUCUGGCUAAUGCAGCACAGAGGAAAAAUCCCAUUCUUUAAAAAAACAGCAUGACAGUUAUCACAGGGGACCUGGCAUCCUGUGGGUAGGGAAAAAGUAGCGCCAGUUGCUGAGGUGCAGCACACCUUACCUGCUCCCCCCAGCUGCCUUUAGUCCUCAGUUGCUGCACAAUUCAGGUUAUGGCCUUUUCCCCCCUCUUUAUUAAAAGAAGGAGAAACAUUUUAGGAGCUAGAGCCCUCUUGACCUAAGUUCCAAACCAAAGGCCUUUGCUCAUGUUUCAGCUACACUGAGAUCACAGGAGUUUCAUUUUUAACUCUCAAGGGUGAAGGGAGCUGAGAUACAAUUGCAAAUACUAUUUGAAACAUAAACUGGUGCCUUUUUUUGUGGUGUUUUUGUUUGUUUGUUUUUUGUUUUGUUUUUGCAUCUGGCUCAGUACUUAAUUAAAAGUAAGGGACAGCUUUCCUCAAAAUAAUGCUUUUUGUUUUAAAGUCUUGCUGGUAUCUACAGCAGAGGCCAAAAGCUGAAGGCUGACAUGUUAAUCACAUAUGAAUGAAAAGCAGAACGUUGCCUGAAAGUUUGUUACAGGCUCAAGUUUAGUUUCUAAGGGCUCAGUUAAUUUUUCAUUUGUCUUUUGUCUGCAGUGUCUUCUACCUGUCUCUGUGCAGAAAGGUCUGUAGGUUCAAGUUCUGGGUGCAGUGGGUGGAUUUGUUUGUAGGAGCAACUCCCUACAGAUUUUAUCAGUGGCCUUGGGUUUGUGUUUGUUUCCUUCCAGAAAACUCAUGUUUCUUCAUCCACUGAAAUGCGGACCAACUAAUACAAGUGAGAGAGAAACAACUUCCUACCUCUCCUUAAUGAUUUGCAUCCCAAGUGAGGUGGCCUCAGGGGUUUGCCCACCUGGAUUUGGCCCAGUUCUAAAGCUGAUAAACUUGAGUCCCAGUGCAGCUCUGUCAAGUUUUCAAGGGUGGACACACUGAGGGUGAGCAGAGAGUGAAAGGAAAAGUAGAAUAAUAAUAAAUUGUGUUGGAAAAAUUAAACCUUACAAUAUCCAUGGUAGCAAGCAGUAUCUUCUAUUGGCUGUGGGAAAAACUAAUUGAGAUGAGACACCUUAAUUAUUUAGCAAUGUCUGUAUCGGUAAAGCCAGGGGAAGGUAUAUAAUUGGAAUUUCAUGUUAAUUAGAAGUCAAAUAUACGCAUAAACAUGAUUUUAAACAUUUUACAUUGGGAAAGUUGCCACUGUAUGAAUAGGGAAGAAUUUUACUUUAAAAUAUAUUUUAACUGAUGUCAUUCCUAAUGACCCUGCAAUUAUUUGGACUGUGAAACAAAUAAUACACUUGGUGGUGAUUUAUAAAGCACAAACCCUCUCCAGUUCUGUUCUAAAAUUUUUGAUGAUGCUUCAGUUUCUAGUUCCAAAACAUUAAUAUACAUAAAUACAGUAAAAAGUCAGAGAUAAUUACAAAGAAAUAAAGGCUCAAAAUGGGUUAAAAGCAAAAUUUAGUGAAGAGCAUAGAAAUCAAUAUACUAAUGCCUUCAUAACAAAGCAGCACGUGCUAUUCAGGGAAGGAAUUUUGAUCAAUUCUAACUCAAUGAGGCACUCCUGUAUCAUGGUAGAUACUUGCUACAUUCAACAGCUGGAUAUCAAAUACCUGAUGUUAAAGAUACAAGUUUCCUCCCUAACUUGUGUUAAUGCCUUCACUGUUUAAGCUGUACAUAGGUGUUGGGAGUGUCUUAUGCACCAUGCAUUCUUCUGCUGUAAUUUUGAAGUUUCUUUCCCUCUCUCCUCCCCAGAAUAGAAAUUCAAGAUCUCUGCUUCUUUUUAUUGUCAGAAUCAUCUGUAAGAGAGAUUAUUACAGUUGGUUUGAAUUUUAUUUUAAAACAUUACAUUGCUAUAUGCAGGGUUUUUUGUUGUUUUUAAUGUACUUUAAAUAACCUCUUUGGGAGCACAAAAGCGUGUUUCUAUAAUCCCUUUUGGUUGAUGGAUGUGAAAGUUUAAACAAAUUUCCAGUCGAAAUGAACAUGUUGUAGAACAUAAACCAAUGAGGAGGUAACGCUUUACGAUGAAGAAGUUCAGCCCCCUUUGCAGCACUGUCACCUUUAAAAUGUCCUUAAAGACUUCCUUUCCAAUGCCUCAACUUACUUGCAUUUGCUAAAAUUUUGUAGCUGGUGCCUGUGUGCAGAAAUGAACCAACAUUAAACAGUUUCAAGUGGCAAUAUAAACACUGAAUGUGAUGAUUGUUAAUUGAGUUCAAACUACUAUUGAAUUUUUCAGUGGAUACUGAAGUUUCACAUAAUUUGUCAUGUAACAAUGUUUUCAUUAGUUCUACACUGAGGAAGCGUACAAAACUCCAUGGAAAAUGUGAAUAAAUGAAUGGGAGAGAA